AUGGCAGACGAUACUUCCACCCAGAAUGUGCCUGAAUAUGACUUCGAUCUCGGUAACUUCGAACGAAAGGUCACUACCAACAGUCCCGCAGCUCAAAUCUGGUUCAAUCGCGGCCUAACCUGGGCCUAUGCCUUCAAUCACAACGAAUCCGCUGCUUGCUUCGAGCAGGCCAUCGAUAACGAUGAAAACUGCGCAAUGGCAUACUGGGGUCUGGCAUUGACACUUGGACCAAACUAUAACCAGCCAUGGACGUUCAUCGGCGCCGAACUCCCUGAAGUAGUGAAGCGCACUUAUAAGGCUUCCCGCAAGGCAAUGUCUCUCAUCGCUACCGCAACCCCGGUGGAACAGGCGCUCAUCACUGCCAUCCAGUCUCGCUAUCAAAGCGAUGAAGUUGCACCGAUGGAACAGUACUCACUCCAGGAUAAGGCCUUUGCGGAGGCGAUGGAAGUUGUAUAUCGUCAAUACGGUGACGAUCUCGACGUGGCUACUGUCUACGCCGAAUCACUCGUCAUCAACAAGCCUUGGAAAUUAUGGGACCUGGUCACCGGAGAGCCUAGCCCAGGAACACGAACUCUUGAUGCUAAGCUGGUGCUCGAGAAAGCGCUAGCGCAGAAAGGAGGAUAUCAGCACCCUGGCCUGCUGCACAACUACACCCACCUGAUCGAGAUGUCACCCACUCCAGAGCUCGGCUUACUUCCUUCGGAUAACUUGCGUGAUCUCGUCCCAGACUCAGGACACAUGUGCCACAUGCCAUCUCACUUAGACAUUCUUGUCGGAGAUUAUCGAGCCGCCAUCCUGAGUAACCAGCGCGCAGCACGCGCAGACGAGAAGUUCAUGCGCAAGCGUGGUGUUUUCAACUUCUAUACCGUUUACCGCAUGCAUAACUAUCACACACUGAUUUACGCCGCGAUGUUCGCCGGGCAGAAAGCCGUCGCACUCGACGCUGUCGAUCGCAUGGAGAAUACCCUGCCAGAGGAGGUCCUUAAGGAAAUGGCCAACUACGCCGAGGUCUUCGUCUCUGUCCGAUGGCAUGUCAUGGUCCGCUUCGGCAUGUGGAAGGAAAUUAUCGAGCGGGCUCUCCCGCAUGAUCCAGAAUUAUACUGCGUUACAACAGCGCUGGCAUACUACGCCAAGGGCGUCGCAUACGCAGCAACCGGUCACGUCCCCGAAGCAGAAAGCCAGAGAGAACUAUACCUCGAGGCUGCCAAGCGGAUCCCAGACACGCGCCUCGACUGGCCAAAUAAAUGCAUCGAUAUCCUGGGUGUUGCAUCCGCCAUGCUGGACGGAGAAAUUGAAUAUCGCCGCCGAAACUAUACAGAGGCCUUUGCCCAUCUCCGUCGCUCUGUCGAGCUAGAUGAUGCUCUGCACUAUGGUGAGCCGUGGAGCUGGAUGCAGCCAGCGCGUCAUGCUCUGGCUGCCCUGUUGUUGGAGCAGGGUGAAGUGGAGGAGGCCGCGGCUGUGUAUCGCGCUGAUUUGGGUCUGGAUGAAUCGGUGAUUCGUUCCCGCCGGCAUCCGAAUAAUGUGUGGGCUUUGCAGGGCUAUCAUGAGUGUCUGGUGAGGUUGGGACGAGAGGAUGAGGCGAAGGUUAUUAAGCCGCAGUUGACGACUGCGAUUGCUUUGGCUGAUGUGCCGGUUACUUCGUCUUGUUUCUGUCGGACCGAUACUGCGACGGCGCCGAAUGCGAACGGUAGCUGUUGUUCCAAAGGUACAAGCAAUCUUUAA